GAAAAAAAAGGAAUGGACUUUUUCCUUUAAAGUUCCUGUCCCUAAUCAUCACUAUCAGCAGCAACAUCAGCAUCCUCAUCGUUGUGGCCACCCUCAUCAAUAUCUUGGCUCUCUGUCGUUCAUUCCGUUCAUUUCCUUUAGUGGCAAGCAAGAUUGAUGGUUCCAGUGGUUGCGAUAGAACCUGGAAGUCUGCUUCCUUUCUUUCUUUCUUUCUGACCUGCUUGCUUGAUUGCUCGAUUGAUUAAGUGUUGAGGCAUCGGGGACGUCGCCAAAAACCGUGAAGUAGGCUCUUGAUCCUGCUGAGACAGUGUCUGCCAUGGUUCUUCCACCGCGUGGAUGCUUGUGUUGGGGGAUGGACCGCCCAAUUGAAUUGGAUCGCCGUUUUGACUUGACUGAGGGGAAAGGUGUAAGCCAAUGAGAACCACCAACCUCAGGUAGUCUAGACUUCUGCCCUCCCAAACCCCAUUGAAUCCAGAGGACCCCGAAGCCUGUCUGGCUAACGUUUUGGACUUCAGUUAGGCGAAAUCAACGUGAAUGCUAGUCCAGUGCUCGGGCCUUUCUAUCUCAUUGAGUUGGUGCGGCUGAGAAGGGAGGUGCAUCAAAAGGGGCCGGCCGACGCUCGUCUGCUUCCCCAAUUUUUUUGUGUCACCCCUCUCAGUAGGUGUGUGUGGUGUCUUCAUGAGACUGGUGGGUGAGUGAGUGACUUAAUCGAUCCUAAAUUCCUUUUAACGUGAAUGCUGACCAAUGGGUUGGACCAUUGGUUGAAUAAAUGACGGAUGGAUGGAUAGAUGGAUAGAUGGAUGGAUGGAAAAUAAUACUCAAGUUACUGACUGGACUGAUGCUCAUGUCAGAUUAGUUUGACUUAGUGUUGCAAUGAAAAUGCCAAGUGACCUUUAUUCUCAUGGGUUUCGCAUUGGACGAAUCUUAAAAUCAUCUAAUUCGUCGAUCUAAUAGUCUACUGCCUGCCCAUCAGUUCGAUAAUUUCGAAAUACUGCAGUUCGAUGUGUUAUCGUGGACAAUGCCUCUCCAUUUAGAUCAAUUGUUAGGCGAUGCCCGUCGCUUAUCGACCCGCUUGCGUGAGCAUGAUUCAGCUGCGGAUGCGAUUUUGGGCUCGGCACAAGCCACACUCAAGGACGUCGAAGCCAUGAAACAAUAUCAAGAAGAAUUGGAGCAACUCAAUGCCAUUGCGCAUCACCGGCCUCGGGCGCAGUUGGUGUUAGGAAUUCAACAAGAAAAUCGCCAUAUCCGCCAACUCCAGCACGAGAACAAGGAGCUCCGGGCCACUCUGGAGGAGCAUCAAAAUGCUAUCGAACUCAUCAUGUCAAAGUAUAGGCAACAAAUGAAUAUUUUGGUUCACUCAACCAAACUGGAUAAGAAUGUCAUCAAUCAAAAAAAGGCCCAGCUGCUCCAAGACAAAACGGACCAAAUUUUUGAGAUGGCUUCUAUUAUGCAAAAUUCACUAAAGUUGGAUGAGGAAAACGAAGUCCAAGAUCAAGAAAUUCGGACUCGUUUACUGACGGAAAACAGGGGACUUCGCGAACUCCUAGAGAUUUCGCGACGCAAUGGAUCUGUAACAACCUCCAAGAGUCGUCCCAAAUAUAUUUCACAAGAAUGCCAAACUGAGGAUAACCCUACGUUAGCUUUGAUUCUGUCCACUCAAAGCCAAUCUGGCCAGGAGCUAGUAAGUGCGGACAAAAAGUCCUCAAUAAAUGCUCGUCUCAGUAGUGGUGUCAGCAAAACGCAGAGUAAGCCUCCCUCGUCGGAAGUCUCUCCGCCUUCUCCAAACUUUUUCAACGGGGGAAGCAGUAAUCUAUUGAGUAAUCACAACCCAAAUUCAAAUGAUAGUCCAAACCAAGUGACGGGAGAUCAAACAAAUCCCACUUCGUCUCAUCAUUCUUCGGACGAGGAUCUGGUCUCAUCGGAUGAAGAAGUGAUAUUCAACACAAUUAAGCGGAAUCCAGCCAAAAUUCGAGAACUGGUAGUGGAUCCAAAUCAAAUGAAUCAUGAGGCUGCUACAUCUAAUGGGAGUGGAAAUACCCCAUUCUUAAGGCCAUUUGAAAAUGAAAAGACCGUCGACGAAGAGAAAAGUUCGAUUUGUGACAAUACAGUGCAAUCGAUCCGAAGUCUCGAGGCCCCCAAGGAGACUAAAGCGACAAUGAAACGGAAUCAGAAUUAACUUCUGGCUAGAAUCGAGGCCAGUAUCAUUGCAAGUAAGCACUUCGAGUUUUGGCGGAAUCCAAGCAUCAAUUUCAUUUGAAAAAUAUUUAUUGGCAGGAUUUUGUUCCUCCAAUGGCUUUCAUAUUAAUACAUGACGGCCCAAUAUUCAACCAUCACUCUCUAUGCUUCAGGAAGUAACAUUUUUGAAUUCGAAAAUAAAUUUGAUUUGCUUGUUGGA